AUGAAAAUUAAAAAUCAGCAUUAUCUCAUGAACGCUACAUUUUCGGCUAUUGUUUUAGUGCAAAUCCACGAUAGGUGGGAAAGCUUGAAACACCUCGUGGAUUCAUUGUCGUCAGCUUGGCAAAUUGAAAGCACAUUGAUCAUAUUUAGCGGCGAUUGCUUCUCUACCCUAAUCGACAAAAUUAUCGAAGCUGUCGAUUUUGCACCUUACAUAAAAAUGUAUUACCCAUUGACUCCAGAGGUUUUUACCAGCGAGUUUAAGCGUACAAUACUAAAUUAUGUUGCGUCCCACCUCGUUAAAAUAUCUCCUCCGAAGGUGUUGACACAUAAGAUAUUUUCUGGAAUAACGGCAUGGGAUAAUUUGACACGACUCAUUGUAUCUUGCGACGUGAAUCCAGAAUCAUUACAUCAUUAUAAACAGAUUCGUAAAUUUUCAUUAUCCCUUAUAAAACUCCAUUGGUUAUGGAAAAUGAACGCGAUAUUUGACCCCACCGCAUUUAUACAUCUCAAGAUAGAUAACCUAGAAAUAUUGUCAUCAGACUCAUUUUUUCCCAAAAUCAAGAAAUUCAGAUUUACCAGUUUCAUGGGGCCUGUCCUCAUGUUAGAAGACGACAAUGUAGUGUUGCCUGAUUUUCUGUAUGUCAUUCAUAAAAUUUAUAGUAUAAAACAUUUAAAUUUUGGCCGCACAAAAAAUAACAUCUUACGACAACAAGAAUUAUAUAGUUUAAAUUCAUUACCGUUGCGAAUACCCAGGAGAAAGGGCUCGGUCUUUAAAUUGAUCAAUUCCAUGCUAUCCCUGGGAAUGCACUCAGAUUUUAAAAUUCUCUCUAAAUGUCACACCGAAGACACGUUGUUCGUAGUCAUAAACAAAAGACCCUAUAAUUUUCGAAACAUAGGCAUGGUUUGGAAUAAAUACUUAUGGCAAUCUAUCAUUCGAAAUAACAUUAAUCGAUUUUGUCAAUUUUCUGAUUACAAUUGGGAUUGGUCCUUAAUCAAUAUCAUCAAAAAUAUUCCGUUUAUCAAUGAAAGUACGGGAGUAUUUGCGGUAGUUUCUUCACCUCCGCGAGUAUUACAUCAGGGUUAG